AUGGUCAAAGAAAAGAGAGCUUGCUACGGAUGUCUCAACUUAGGACACCGUUUCAACGAAUGCAGAAAUAAACGAGUCUGCAAAAAGAAAGCAAGAAUUCCAAAACCACGCGAAACGAACGAAUCAGAGGAGGAAGAGAAGGAAGAAGAAAUUCAGAAAAUCGAACAAAUCCAAUCCUCAUAUAAUGGAGGAAGAAUUGGUUACUUGGUCUGCCCCGUCGUAAUAGAAUCGGCCAAAGGACCGGUGGAUGGCUUCGUCGUGUUGGAUAGCCUCUCGUCAAUAACCACCAUGUCAGACGCGACCGCCGAACAGUUAGGGCUGAAGGGUCCAGCCGAACCAUUAUCCGUUAAAGGGAUUAACUCCACAGCCAAGUACCCCAUGUCGCAGAAGUUUAAGCUUCACAUUCACCAUAAGGAGGAUAAUGCAAGUUUCCCUCUGCAAGUGAAAACCAUGCCCAAACUCGAUCUUCCCAGCCAAUCUCUUCCGCAGUCUGUCCUUUCAAAGUACAAACACUUGCAAGGACUUGGAAUUCAGCCGUAUGAUGAUGUCCGUCCUACGCUCAUAAUUGGUAUGGACCACCCACACCUUCAUGUGCAUUUGGAACACAGGAUGGGAAGAAGCCCCAACGCUCCCAUUGCAGUUCGAACCAAGCUUGGCUGGAUGGUGAUUGGGAAUCUCAACCCUUACAACAAACAACACUAUUCUUUCCUCAUGCGCGAAGAAGACGAUUUGCACCACAUUGUUAAGGAUUUUAUGUCAAAUGAAUCCUUUGGAACACUUCCAAGCAACAGCAAGCCAAGAAAUAAAGAAGAUGUACGAGCUCAAUCCAUCCUCGACUCAACCCUGCGACGAGUUCAAGACGGGUGGGAGGUUGGAUUACUUUGGAGAGAGGAUGAUGUCACACUUCCAGACUCCAAACCGCUAGCACUCCAUCGACUGAUGCAAAUGGAACGCAAAAUGGAUCGCGAUGCCACAUUUGCGAACCAAUAUGUAACCCGAAUAGAAGAAUAUGUGGGAAAAGGAUUCGCACGCAAGUUAUCCCCAGAAGAAACUACACAAGUUACUCCGAAGACAAAUUACCUCCCACAUUUCAUGGCCUACAAUCCGAAAAAGCCAAAGAAACGCUUUGUGUUCGAUGCCGCAGCCAAGGUGAGAGGAAAAAGUCUGAAUGACCUCCUCCAAGGACCAGACAAGAUGGCAUCACUACCAGGAAUAUUGCUAAAAUUCCGUCAACGACCCAUUGGAAUCACGGCGGACAUCGAAGACAUGUUCCACCGGGUCAGGGUUCGAAAAGAAGAUACGCAGGCUCAACGCUUUCUCUGGCGUGCCCUUGAUCGGACCAGAGAACCCGACGAAUACGAGAUGGGCGUCCUCAUAUUUGGUGCUACAUGCUCGCCUGCAUGUGCACAAGAAGCAAAGGACAGGAAUGCUGCCGAAUUUCAGCAUCAACUUCCCCAGGCGUAUGAUGCUAUUGUGAAGAAGCACUACGUUGACGCCCUUUUGGAUUCCACUAACACGGUGGAAGAAGCAAUCCAACUUCAGCAACAAACUUGUGAAGUUCAGUUAAAGGGAGGAUUCAAACUGAGGAACUGGUUAUCGAACUCCGUCGAGGUAAUGGCUUCCAUCCCAGAGGACCUCAGAGCCAGUUCCAUGAAGAAUUUGGAUAUGAGUGAUGUCCAAAUUGAGAGAAUUUUGGGAAUGUUUUGGAAACCGGACGAAGAUACAUUUACUUUCUCCAUGAACUUUCUCAAAGCCCACCAAUCUGUACUACAGGGAGAGAAGAUCCCUACAAAACGUGAAGUCCUCGCCCUUGUCAUGUCACUUUAUGACCCGUUAGGCUUUCUGUCGCUAUUCACAGUCAAAGCAAAACUAAUCAUUCAGCGAGCGCGGAAGAACAAUAUUGGAUGGGAUGAUCCAAUUCCAGUCUCAGCCCAGGAACAUUGGAACUCGUGGCUGACCGAACUCAAAAGUAUAUCAAAUUUUAUAAUCCCACGCUGUUAUUCCCCAAUUCUGACCACAUCAAAACAAGUCCAACUCCACAUUUUCGGAGACGCUGGCGAAGAAGCUUAUGGAGCUGUCGCUUAUCUUCGAAUUUCAGGAGAAGAUGAGGUGACCACAACUCUCGUCAUGGCCAAAUCAAAGGUUGCCCCCUUGAAGCAACUCUCCAUCCCUCGACUCGAGCUACAAGCAGCAGUGAUAGGCGCUCGCAUCGCAAAAUUCAUCACUGAAGAAUUAGAAGUACCACUAUCCAAAACAAUUUAUUGGAGUGAUAGCAGUACAGUACUUCAUUGGAUCAGAGCAGAAGGCCGCAGAUAUCAACAAUUUGUUGGCCACCGAGUCGGAGAAAUUCACGAGUUGACCAGCACGCAGCAGUGGAGAUGGAUUCCAACCCACGAAAAUGUGGCAGACGAGAUGACCCGCAUCUCCAAGAAAUCCGAAUGGGGAUAA